UCGUUUGAUUGAUCUGAUGAUGGAAAUGAAUCCUUAUUUGAUUGAUGAAGCAUCAAAUAGCAGUUCUUCUGAUGAAUUAUUAUCGGAUGCAACUUCUGAAGAUGUUGAAGAUGUUCCAAUGCAAGCUACUAAUAAAUACGAGCAACCAAAGCAAACUUUAACAAAAGAAAGUAAAAGAAAAGUGACAUCUCCAUCGUCAUCAUCUGCCCGUAAAACAACAACAACACGCCCAUCACCACCACAACCAUCAACAGCGUCUUUUUCAUCUACAAAAUCUUCCGGUAAACGUAAAGCUGAAGAAUCUGUUCCUGUUGAAGAAGCCCAAACACAAAAACGUCGCCGUAAACCAACAACUGUUUUAAUGGGUAAUAAUAUAUCAAGUACAACAACUUCUAUAGCAACAGCUGGCAUAGACAGUUAUGUUAGCGAACUUGGUGACAUUCAAUAUGAAAAAAGUUUGGGCAGUGCUCGUUUUAUGAAAACUAUUUGUGGUCGCCACAAAGAAGGUCCCGUUGUAGUCAAGAUAUUUAUUAAACCUGAACCUAGCCUAUCUUUGUCAAACGUUGUUAAAACACUUAAAGAGGAGAGAGAAGCAUUAUCUGAGAUUCCAAAUGCAUUCCCUUAUCAAAGAAUAAUUGAGACAGAAAAGGCUGGAUAUCUUAUCAGACAACAUUUUUUUAACA